GGCAUCGCUUCCUCUCGCCAUCGUCGGUGUGUGCGUCCAUCGCCCAUUCUCACAUGAGCUCGUCGUCGGCCGCGCAGCAGCAGGUAGUGUCGGCCAAGGACUACCCGGAACAGACAGAAAGAUGACGAUGGCAUCGUCGAGCUCUUCCGGGCAAAUGACUCAUCCACAGGUGAGAGCAGAACGGCACACGACCGAACAGCACAGACGCGCACGGCUGAUGUGUCCCGCAGGCGGCUGUCGGUGCAUCGCCGUGUCGGUAUGGUGUGGGCAGCCGCGUGCUGAUGGUGUCGGAGCGGAGAAGGGACGAAAAGUUCCAGUGGAUGGAGGCCGAGGUGUACAAAAUGGAGCCGGCCGAGGGCGGGACGCGGGUGUGCAUCCGGGAGGUGGGUGGGAUGAAUGAGGAGUUUGAGCCGGUCGUGGUGCCCCACACCACAGCAGCAUUCCAACAACUCGCUGACCUACACGCGGUAGGCACACACACACAGGACAGGCAGGGAGAGAGAGGGGGUAGAAUGGGAGCCGUGUGGCAUCAAGGCGUGCACACAUCCUUGUAUGUGUGUGACUGUGCGUGUCAUCAGGGAGGCCAUGGGUUCCAUUGCUUCGACCAUACUCCCCCGCAGCAUCUCAUCCCUCUGCAAACCGUGGAUGAGGUAGGCCUAUUAUACAGAGAAGCGGAAGUGACAUCUGGCGGGUAAUGUGCCGUUUCCCUGGGUGUGCAGGUUGAUGCGGAGCGUUUCUGUGUGGACCCGAGCAUCAAGCCGCACGAUGCCAAGGACCCGCUGUCCUUUCUGUCCCUGCCGCCCUCCUUCAUGCCCCCCCUCCCCACCGACAUCAUCACCACCACACUCCUCCCCCUGUGUGGCGGGCGAGAGAACCUCGCACUCAAGCUCAAGAGCACCCUCUGCUGCACAUCCACUGAGGUCGGCAACGCUAUCGGCUCCGCUGCGGUGUCGGCCAUCGACAGCAUCAUUGAGAAGAACGGCCUCACGGGAGCCAUCGGCUGUCGCCCUCUCCGUCGGCACCUGCAGCGGCAGCCGGGUCGGGCGAUGGACGUGUGUCGUCCAUUCCGGCUGAUCCGGCUGCACUACCUGAUGGUGACGGGGGGCCACUGGCGGGGCAACGUGCCGCUGCUGCGGCUGGCCAAGAGCUGCGGGAAGAUCCAGCAGCUGCCCAUCGAGCUGACCAAUGACGACCUGCAGCACGUGGGCAGCAAAGCCGUCAUCGACAGCCGCCCAGAGGCCAUCCGCCAGUACAGCCUCUACGCCCAUCGACUGGGCCACAACAUGCGGCUGACGCGCAGGGCCGACGGGCUGGAAGAGAUGGACGGGUAUGAGGUGACGGUGCACACACGACGGACGGUGCCGGAUGAAUAUCGAAAUCGCUUCGAUGCCACCAAUCCCCCGUGCCGACGUGAGAGAGGGGAGGGCAAAGCACCACAGAAGAGCCAACUUGACAUGGAUGGUGUCUGCCGUCUGUUUGUGUGUCUGCAGACGGUGUUUCGACUACGGCAGCUUCAGAGGACUGGUCAUCAAGAGGUAUGCAGCGACACAAAUGAGAGAAGACAACACACCAAUGUGUUAUGUUGUCUGCCUUUUCCGCUCCAUGCUCUUUCAGGAUGGCAUUGCUGUCGUCGCGUCAGGUGUCGUAUCAGUCCUGGCGUCCGUCCCCUGCCAAGUGUCGUCGCAUCUCCGACCUGGUGGCCCAGCCACCGCCCCUGUGGGACGGCUGCCGCACCAUCGACUACACCAUCUUCGGCGACCCACGCCGACUCGUCAUCUUGCAUGGCGAGGAAGAGGGUGACGAGUUCGCGGCAUGCAUCGAGAUGAUCAAGUACCCUAGUGGGUCGGCAGACAUCUCCCUCUACACCACCGAGGCGCCCCGGCAGGGCGUCAGGCCCACAACAAGAUGGACAGCCCCUCCCUGGAGCUGCUGCCAGACAUCUGACAUUACGCGUCAGGUGCGCACACGACACACAUGAGGAAGGAAUCGACGCAAUCUUGGCGCGUGUCAGGUCACGCACCACACCAUCUCUGUGUGUCGGGGGGCGUCGCGAGCUGAGUGAUAGGUGACGUGGGUGCAGUCGCUGUCUGUCGACUGACUGGGAGGGUAGUGGGGGUGGCGAGUUGAGUUGGCGAUGGGUUGACUGAUGGAUGAGUGCAGACUUUGUGUGCACUGGAUGGAUGGAUUGAUAGCUGACGCGUGUGUGCUGUUUUUCAAUUCUCGCUUGACCCUUACAUACCCUUGGCCAUGAUCACACAGUCACACAAAGUCUUGC